CCACUACCAGGGCUUCUUCUUCUUCUUCUGACAUGGGUGUCUCUUUUAGCAGAGAUGGAAGAAGAAGAAGAAUAACGAGAAUGAGAAGAUGGAGCUUCAACCGUAACCACCACCAACACAACCACAACCAUGGUGAUCACGAUCAAGAUCAAGAUCAAGAUCAAGGUCAAGGUCAAAGCCUUUCUCUUCCCCAGCCAUCUUCUCCUUCCACUUCCAUUAUCGACCCUUCACCUAGUCCAGUCACCUCUUCUUCAUCUCCUUCGGCCACUUCUCCUCCUCCUCCCAACUCUUCCACCCAUCAUCAAACGACAACGAUUUCGACUAAUACGACAACCCCUGCAACUGCCCAGGUUGAUUUUUCAUUCCCUUCCUUAAAUUUGCAGUCUUCUUCUUCUCCUUCUCCUACUCUGCCUCCGCCAUCGCCAUCGAGUUUUGUUUUUGGUGCUCCUCAUCCGAACCACCACAUCCCUAACCCAUUUCCUUCCAAUAACGCUCAACCCAGGAUCAAUGCCGUGCUGCCGCCUCCUUUUGCCAGUGCUAAGAGGAUAAAGAACAAUGUGAAUGUGCACAAGGGUACCAUCAAGCUUAAUACGGAUGCCCAUCAUUCUCACUCAUUCUUGCUCUCUUUCACUUUUGAUGCUCUCGUUGAUGGCAGUAUCACCAUAUUUUACUUUGCCAAGGAAGAAUUGGAUUGCACAUUUACUCCAUUAUACCCUCAAUAUUAUAUGCCAAUGACAAUCCCCUUCCAGAAAGGUCUAGGUCAGAAAUUUUUUCAGCCUUCUGGAACUGGUAUUGAGAUGGCUUUCAUUGAGUACGUUUUGUUUGAAAUGGGCGAGCUUGCAAAUUCAUCUUCGGCCGAAGACAUUCUCCCGCUUGUUAUUUAUGUGGAGGCAGGCUUGCCACCUCUCUUGACAAAUUUAGAGUCCAUUCAGCCUCUUCCAGCUACACCCCCCCAUUCACAGAUUACUCAAGCUGUAAUUGAGCAUAAUGGAGAGGGUCAGUUUCUAGUAAAAGUAAUCAAUCAGAUCCUGUGGAUUAAUGGAGUUCGUUAUGAGCUACACGAACUUUAUGGAUUUGGAAAUUCAGAUGAUUCAGGUGAGCCAGGGAAAGAAUGUAUCAUAUGCAUGACUCAGCCAAAGGAUGUAGCUGUAUUGCCCUGUCGGCAUAUGUGCAUGUGUAGUGAAUGUGCGCAAGCAUUGACGGUUCGAUCAAAAAAAUGCCCUAUCUGUCGUCAACUCAUAAAAGAACUUAUACAGAUCAAGAUUGAUAAAGCAUGAUGUGAGCAAGAGAUUUCCUAACUAUGCAAAGAAUCAUGGAUGGACAUUAUUCACACAAUUUUGAAGCAGACAUGCAAGUUUUGAAGCACCAUAGCAUUAGCCUAUAGUUACUUGUGACACAGGAAAAAAAAUGUACAUUUCUUUAGUGAAAAUCAGAUAUAGAUGCAAUACAAUUUAUGAAUAUAGAAAUCUUUUUCUUUUACUCUUAUAGUCUGUGUAUAGUCUUACAAGAAUGGUUGAAAUCCUUACCGUGAGAUAUUUUGAGAUGUUGGAUUGUUUGAGAAGACACUUUGAACACUUUUUCUUUUU